AAACGUUGUAAGUAAGAAGAAGAGUUCACAGAUGUUUGUUUAUAGUUGUAUAUAAACCAAAUAGAAAUACAGAAAUAGUAAACAUUAAACAAUGGGUUCUGAACAUUCUAGUCAAUCUGGAUCACAAAAUACUCAGAGACAAAGUAGUUUUAACAAAGAAGCUUCCAAACAACCAAACGUUCGUCGUCAACAUACCAUAGCGAAUCCCGGAGGAUCUGAAUUUACUAGUGAAAAUGUUGAUAUUAGACCAGGAUCUAUAUCCCCAGGUCCAAGUGUGUGCAGUGAUGUUGAUUUACCUUAUAUUAGCUAUACAGUAAACAGGCCUAUUGGAGAUUCCCCCAAAUUAACUAACAAACAAUUACUAAAAACCAAAUCGCGCAGAACAUCCCAGCCCAAACCAUCAAAAUCCAAAACAUCCACCCACAAUAUAGUAGUAGUUCGUGGAGCUAAUCCUGCAACAGCUGUCACAGAAAAAGAUCCUGAAAUACUGAGGUUGCAAAGCAUUCCAAUGUUUUUACCAAUAAUGAGAGCCACGCUGAGUUUACCAGCUGCAAGAGAUCCUGAAGUAUUAGAAAGAUUGGACCCUACACCUGUUAGAAAUUUGUGUUUGAGGUAUCAGCAUCAUCUGACAGCAGCGGCGAAUUUGGUAGCUACUGAACAAAAUCAAAUUACACAUAAAAUCAGAGAGAUUGAUGCAGAAAUAACAAAAGUAGUGAUUGUAGCCACAGACAGGCAACGCAAAUAUGCUAAAUAUAGUGAAAAAUUAUCCAAAGUAACAGAACUAUCUCAUCAAUUAAAUCGUUGUCAUAUGUUGCUGAAUCAAACUUUAGAAUCAAUGGAAACAUUGAACAAUUAUUUGGAUGUUGAAGACAGAUUGGAGCCUUUUAUAUGGACGACUGGAUGAGAUUUACUUCAAGAUCCUUAUGAGAUUGAAAAUGAGGGAAACAUGAGUGAGGAUCUUUAGAUGUAAUAUUAAGAUGAUUGUGAUGUUAGUAAAUUAUUGUAGAUUUCAGCUAUUAUAUACCUGCCAGUUUUAAG